AUGAUUGGUACCGACCAUGUUUUCUGCCGCGACUUCAUCCUUCAGCUGAACGAGCAAGCAUCACGCUGCAACUACGGAGACCACCUGGAAGAACAAAUGUGUGGCCGCUUGGUGGCAGGCAUUAAUGAUCUCACUCUCCAACGGAAGUUACUAGAGAAGAAGGAUUUGAGUUUUGCCGAGGCCCGCAAGAUCUGUAAGCAAUAUGAUGAUUUGAUGAAAGCUACUUUCAGCGAAGAAAUCAAAUUAUUUCAACGGCCGAAGACAUGGCCGAAGCUACAUCCAAUGGCCAAGUGCAUACCGAAGACGCAGCAAGACUCUGGAGGCAGAGAUGAACGUAUCAAUCCCUGUUUGUAA